AAAACAGUCAGUGGGUCGAUAGUAUGAAACAAUCAAUCAGUGUGCAUUAAUACCUAAAUUCGAAGUGACAAAAGCAAAGAAAAUACUUUAAAAUAAAAUAACUCAAAAAAACAAGAAAGUUUUCAAAUACAAAAAUAAAAAAUGCUGUGUAAAAAUUCCUACAUAAUAUUUGCCACGUUGUUGGCCUUCUGCAAUGCCAAUACAAUAACAACACUUGCUGAUGAGGCACCUUUAGAUGCGGACCAGAACCAGGAGGAGCAGCCAUGCCCAAUAAUCUGUCCGGCUUUGUAUGCGCCUACUUGUGGCUAUGAUGGCGUUGRCUAUGAGCAAUUCGUCAAUCCCUGCAUGAUGCAGGUGGCCAACUGUGAGCGUAGGAAGGAGCGUACSUCGCUGCAACAACCCUUCGCACAGACCGACAAUGAUUGGUGCAGUACGAAAUUGGUAAAUAACAUAUAUGAAAUUGUGUCCAACUUCGCUGACAAUUUGAGCAAAGAGGAAUGCUUGAAACCCUGUCCGAUGAUUUACGAUCCCGUGUGCAUUUCGAAUGGCGACUAUCGUGUCACCAUCGCCACCGCCUGCCAAUUGGACAYCUACAAUUGUGCCCUGAAGGGCACUAAAUUGGAAGCCAAGCUCUUCAAAAUACUGAGUACCAGGAAAUGCGAGCUCAAUUAAACUCAACAGACAAACAACCAUCGUUUGACGAAAUUUCAUAUAACAAUGAGUUAAGAAAUCAUAGAAAGCUUUUAAAAUGUUCCUUUUUUAUAUAAAGUUUUUUGCGUCUCUUAAUGAAACUAUUCCAAUAAAUAUGUGAUURUGAAUAUA